CGUCCGCCCGCUCAGUGCCCGCUGCGCGCCUGGCCAUGGCUCGCCUGCUCCGGGCUGCGACCCGCGGGCUGUUCCCCGGGAGGGGCUACUGCUCCAGGGGGUCGCAGGGAGAGCUCAGCAAGGGUUUCCUGGAGGCGCUGAAGGCAGUCGUGGGGAGCCCCCAGGUGUCCACGGCUCCUGCAGUCCGGGAGCAGCACGGGCAUGACGAGUCCAUGCACAGGUGCCAGCCUCCGGACGUGGUGGUGUGGCCGCAGACGGCGGAGCAGGUCAGCCAGGUGGCCGAGCUGUGCUACGGCCAGGGCGUGCCCAUCAUCCCGUUCGGCACGGGCACCGGGCUGGAGGGCGGCGUGUGCGCCGUGCAGGGCGGCGUCUGCAUCAACCUGACCCGGAUGGACCGGAUCCUGGCGCUGAGCCCUGAAGACUUCUCUGUGGUGGUGGAGCCCGGCGUGACCCGCAAGGCCCUCAACACCCACCUGCGGGACAGCGGCCUCUGGUUUCCCGUGGAUCCAGGUGCUGAUGCCUCUCUCUGUGGCAUGGCUGCCACCGGGGCCUCGGGCACCAACGCUGUGCGCUACGGCACCAUGCGCGACAACGUGCUGAACCUGGAGGUGGUGUUGCCCGGGGGUCAGCUGCUUCAUACUGCGGGCCCAGGCCGCCACUUCCGGAAGAGUGCUGCUGGCUACAACCUCACGGGGCUCUUUGUGGGCUCCGAGGGGACCCUGGGACUCAUCACAGCUGCCACCCUGCGCCUGCACCCCGCUCCCGAGGCCACGAUGGUGGCCACCUGUGCAUUCCCCAGCAUCCAGGCGGCCGUGGACAGCACUGUGCAAAUCCUCCAGUCUGCAGUGCCCGUGGCCCGCAUCGAGUUCCUGGAUGACGUCAUGAUGGACGCCUGCAACAAGUACAGCAAGCUGAGCUACACCGUGGCGCCCACGCUCUUCCUGGAGUUCCACGGUGCCGAGGAGACGCUGGCCGAGCAGCUGCACCGCUCAGAGGAGAUCAGCCGGCACAACGGAGCCCUGCACUUCUCCUGGGCCAAGGAGGCGGAGGAGCGCAGCCGGCUCUGGGCAGCGAGGCACAACGCCUGGUACUCGGUGCUGGCGCUGCGGCCCGGCAGCAAGGGCUACUCCACCGACGUGUGUGUGCCCAUCUCCCGGCUGCCCGAGAUCGUGGUGCAGGCCAAGGAGGACAUGACGGCAUCUGGCAUCACAGGAGCCAUCGUCGGGCACGUGGGCGAUGGCAACUUUCAUUGCAUCCUGCUGGUAGACCCAGAGGACGCUGAGGAAGUCCGCAGGGUGGAGGCCUUUGCCAAACGACUAGGCAGGCGGGCUCUGGCCCUCCACGGGACGUGUACUGGGGAGCACGGCGUGGGGCUGGGCAAGCGGCAGCUGCUGCAGGAGGAGGUGGGCGCCGUGGGCGUGGAAACCAUGCGGCAGCUCAAGGCUGUGCUGGACCCCCGGGGCCUCAUGAACCCAGGCAAGGUGCUGUGAGGGCCCCCCAAGCCCCUGCCGGCCCCUCCUCUUCUGCGAGUUUUCCCUCUCCCCUCCCCCGUCAGGGACUGGGCUAGAGCUCUGGGCUCCCACCCCUGGGCCGGUCCUGCCAUAGGAAGCCCCCCCCCGCCCACCCCCACAUCCCGUGACCUGUGUGCCAGGAUGUCUCCUCCGGGCAGCACCACGCCUGCCUUCCCCUCCUCCCUGGCGGCCUCCUCCCUACUUGCUGCAGCCUGAAGAAGGGGCUGAGGCCGUGGAAGUGGCUUCCAGGGGCGCAGAUGCCCGGCCCACUUGCCUCCCCCCAGCCUGGAACCGAACGCCAGGCCUGCAGCACCGACGGUUCCCGGAGCCUCCGAGGGGCCUGCGAGCCUUCACAGCAUGUCCCGGCAGCCCUGGGAAGCGGGGCGGGAGCGUCCUGGCGCUGAGCCUCUUCGCCAUGUGUUGUAUGACGCCACCAGCUUUGCUGCCAUCACUAAGCAUCGGGGAUCCCGGCCCCAGGCGCCAGUCAUCGCCGGGGACUUGGCAUUGUUCCCUCCGUCCAUCAGGGGGCGCCCAACACCACAGCAUCUGGCUCUGGGCAUCGAUUCCCAGGACACACCUGUCAGGGUCUGGUGCUCAGCCCCCCCCCACCCCCCGCCCUCCCCGCCUCUCCCUCAGGAGUGGAGGGGGCAGCACCCUCCACUGCCCUCCCGCGCGUGACUCCUUCCCUCCCCCCCCAGCCUGCGGGUCCCCAAUCCAGCUCCUCGGGAGCCUCUGAGCUAAUGCUGCCUGCCCUAAGCCUCUCCCCCGGAGCAGGUCCCGGGGGCCUCCCCCACAACCACCUCUGGUCCAUGACUGACUAAUUAGUGUGUGUAUUCCCGGGAGAGCCCUCUCCAGGGCCUCCUUGCAGGCUGCACCCCUGGGGCACCCCCCCUCCCUGGCUUCUCCCCUCUGACGCCCGCCCCCUCCGGCGCCUGGCAGCAAGUGGAUGCUCAGCAAACGGCCACUUGCCGCAGGCUUCGAUGAGGAAAAAACCCCGACCAAGGAGAGUUGGAAGAACAAGGACGUUCACUGUUCACAGAAAUACCAGCCCCUGAAGAUUCAA